UAAUUUUAUUACAAAACAGGGUUUAAGUUUAACAGAGUUGUCGGCUUCUCUGUGUUUAUCAGAACAGAAUCCGCCGCUCUCCUUCCUUCUCUUCUUAAGCUUCUGAUUUUGGGUGAAGGGGUUCACUAAAGUUGUUGGGGGUUUGUUUCUGAGAUGGCUCAGUGUGUGAGGUCAACUCUAACUCCUUCGAGAACACAGCAGAGCUUGUUUACUAGGACAUUGUCUGCAAAAACCCAAGCUUUUGCAUCAGUCUCGUUCCUCAGAACACUGCCUGAGUUCAAGAGAUAUCCAAAACAGUGUUCAGUAGUUAUGUCUUGCGAGGGAAAGGCUCAAAGCCAGCAGCAGCUGUCUCUUGACGAUCUGGUCACGAGUAACCGUAAAGGAGAGGUUCUUGGCACUAUCAAAGACUCCCUUUCUAACUGUCUCUCGGAUACCAAUUUGCUGGAGACUGUUCCUGGUCUCAAAUCUAGAAUCAAGGGCAAGGUCAGAGAUAUAUAUGAUGCUGGUGAUUUUCUGGUUCUUAUCACAACUGAUCGGUUGAGUGCCUUUGACAGAAACCUUGCUUCGAUUCCCUUCAAAGGCCAGGUUCUUAACGAGACCAGUUUGUGGUGGUUCAAUAACACACAGCACAUAACUCCAAAUGCAAUCGUUUCAUCUCCUGAUAGAAAUGUUGUUAUUGCAAAGAAAUGCUCCGUUUUCCCAAUUGAGUUUGUGGUUAGAGGAUAUGUGACUGGAAGUACCGACACCUCUUUAUGGACGGUAUACAAGAAAGGUGUCAGGAACUAUUGUGGAAAUGAGCUCUCAGAUGGAUUGGUAAAAAACCAGAAGCUUCCAGCUAAUAUACUGACUCCAACAACUAAGGCUGAGGAUCAUGAUGUGCCCAUCUCUCCAACUGAGAUAGUUGAAGGUGGAUUCAUGACUCAAGCUGAAUUUGACGAAGCAAGCAUGAAGGCUUUGAGCUUGUUUGAGUUUGGUCAGCGUGUGGCAAAGGAGCAUGGACUGAUACUGGUGGACACAAAAUAUGAGUUUGGAAAAAGUAGUGAUGGCUCCAUCUUGUUGAUUGAUGAGAUUCAUACGCCGGAUUCAAGCAGAUACUGGCUUGCGGGUUCUUAUGAAGAACGCUUCCAGAAAGGUCUUGAGCCUGAAAAUGUUGAUAAGGAGUUCCUAAGGUUGUGGUUUAAAGAGAAUUGCAAUCCAUAUGAGGACGAGGUCCUCCCGGCUGCUCCAGCAGAACUCGUAACUGAAUUAGCUUGGCGGUACAUUUUCUUGUAUGAGACGAUCACUGGAUCAAGAAUUGACAUUCUUCCAACGCAGGAACCAAUACAUGAUAGAAUCUCAAGAAACACAAGCCAAGCACUUUCAUCUCUCCCUCAACUUUAGUCUUUUGAUAGAGCCUGAAAGCCAAGGAAGGCAGACUGUAUUAACUCUCUUUCGUUUUUCUUGUUACAUUUAUAUGUCAAGAUUGUUGUAACGAUCUUAAGUUCCAACUGAGAAAUUUCAACCAAGAAUUAAAUAAUUCGAUCUGGUAAAAGAUGAGCCCUUGAAGAGUUCAUUUGUUUU